GUUCAGGUCAACUUCGUGUAAUUUCUAUUUCAGAUUUGGGUAUUAGUGCUGCUACUGGUGUCCCUGAACAGUCAAUGUGCACACGAGAGAUUCCAAUAAAAGCAAAAAAGUGGAGUGUUCUUCUUUCGACAAGCCUCCCAAAAGAGCCCAGCUGGGGACUCGUUGUGUGCGAAGAAUAGGCUACAUCGUGAGAGCUAGCGAUGGCUUUGGGACGGUUCUGCUGGACGUUUUGUGAAAGACAGCCACUCAGGGAGGACUUGAGGCUUGAAGCGUGUCUGGUUUUUUGAGUGAGCAGAAGUGCAAGGCAACCAUGAUGAAGAUGGGGAGGAGCGAGGGAAGAAAAGGUGCAGGGAGGAGGAGGAGGAUGGAGAGAGAGCGGAAGAGGGAGCGGGAGCCGGACUCUCCCAAUUCGGCUGCUGCCUCAGCAUCCAUCCUGCUUGAGAUGAUGUUCCGGAGAGCAGGUGGCGCCGAGCGGAGGAGACGCGCGAGCGGCUGAAAUCAAUAGACGACGGGAGGACGCGCGAGACAGGAAUAGUCUGCCGUCCCCCUCCUCUUGCCAGUUUGAAUUUUUCUUUUUCUUUUUCUUUUUUUCCCCCCCCCUUUGCGGAUGGGUUGCAGCGCCCGACCCUAGUCGCGAAGAGGAGCGCUCGUGGAGGAAUUACAGACGGACACUUUCCUCACAUUGCUGCUUUUCUUUUCACACGGAUUAGGCGUGCGUCGUCAUUCGGAUCGGAUUCGGAUUGAUAGACUUGGAGGAGGAUUUUUUUUUUCUUUUUCCUCUCUUGCUGCUGCUGCGGAGCGGUACUGGGCAGCCGUCGUCAUUUUGCUGCUUCUCCUUCCCUAAAAUCAAGACUGAGAAUCGGAGCAACUGCAGCGAAGGAGGCGAGAAUAAGUGCGGGCCAUGGCUGAGGGGAUAAUUGCGUCUCAAAGUGAGCUGUGACAGAAUGGUGGACUGCUUGAGUAAAGUCAUGCCGCACACGGUCAUCUCAUGCUGGCAGCCGGUCCUGGGACUGGUCCUGCUGGCCGUCUUCGUAGGCUCCGCCCUGGGCUGCCCCUCCCGCUGCGAGUGCUCGGCGCAGACCAAGGCCGUGGUGUGCCACCGUAAGCGCAUGCCCACCAUACCCGAUGGAAUCCCGGGCGAGACCAGAAUCCUGGACCUGAGUAAGAACAAGCUGACCAUGAUCAACCCGGAUGAUUUCGCUGCCUUCCCGGGCCUGGAGGAACUCGACCUGAGUGGGAAUAUAAUCAGCUACGUGGAACCGGGUGCCUUCAACGCCCUAUUCGGCAUGCAUUCUCUCAGCCUGAAGAGCAACCGGAUCAAGCUCAUCCCUCUGGGAGUCUUCUCUGGCCUGGCCAACCUCACCCGGCUCGACGUUAGCGACAACAAGAUCGUCAUCCUCCUGGACUACAUGUUCCAGGACUUGCACAAUCUCAAGUUUUUGGAGGUGGGCGACAACGACCUGGUUUACAUUUCACAUCGCGCGUUUAGCGGACUUUUGAGCCUGGAGACGCUGACCCUGGAGAGGUGCAACCUCACCGUGGUGCCCUCCGAGGCCCUCUCGCACCUACACAACCUGGUUAGCCUGCACCUGCGAUACCUCAGCAUCAGCACUUUGCAUCCGUACUCCUUCAAAAAACUGUUCCGGCUGCGCCACUUGGAGAUCGACAACUGGCCCUCGCUGGAUCACGUGCCGGCCAACACCCUUCACGGCCUCAACCUCACCACUCUGUCCGUCACCAACACCAACCUGUCGUCUUUCCCCUACCAGGCCUUGAAGCACCUGCCCUACCUGACGCACCUCAACCUUUCCUACAACCGCAUCCGGCACAUCGAAGGCGGGAUGUUGAUGGACCUGGUUCGCCUUCGGGAGUUUCACCUGGUCGGCGCGCAGCUCACCGCCAUCGAACCGUACACCUUCCAGGGCCUGCGGGGACUCAAGGUACUCAACGUGUCGCACAACCGACUCGAUACACUGGAAAAGGGGAUCUUCCAGUCCCCGGAAGCUUUGGAGGUCCUCCUCAUCGACAACAACCCGCUGGUGUGCGACUGCCGUCUCAUGUGGAUCUUACAGAAAAGGCAUUCCAUCUUGUUCGGGGAUUCCCAGCCGGAGUGCAACACGCCCGAGGGGAUCCGAGGCAGGCCGUUCCAGGAGUUUAAGGAAAGUCUGCUGUCCUACUACGUGACCUGCACCAAGCCCAAAAUCCGCGAGAACAAGACGCAAACGGUGACGGUGGACGAAGGCCAGCAAGCUCUGCUGCACUGCAGCGCCGAGGGCACGCCGAGGCCCGUCGUGUCCUGGGUGUCCCCGCGGCGGCGCGUCCUGACGGCCAGGAGCCACGGUAGGCUGACGGUUCACAACAACGGCACUCUUGAGAUCAAGUCGGCGGAGGUUCAAGACGGCGGCGUCUACCUCUGCCUGGCCUCCAACACGGCCGGGAACGACACCCUGAUGACCUCGCUGGCUGUCAAAAGCCUGGGCUCGCUGUACGCCAACAGGACCCAGUACUACACCGACCCCAGCAACACCACUGCCAACGGGACCGCCAGCGUCACCCUGGGCUUGGACCUGAAGACUAUUUUGGUGUCGACAGCCAUGGGUUGCUUCACGUUCCUGGGGAUGGUCUUGUUUUGCUUCCUGCUCCUGUUCGUCUGGAGCAGGGGCAAAGGAAAACAUAAAAACAACAUCGACGUGGAAUAUGUGCCUCGAUCCAAGUCCAACGGCACCAAUGUGGACUCGGCCGACAUCCAGGCCGGUCCUCAUCGUUUCAACAUGAAAAUGAUGUGACUUGUUUUAUAACGGAAAAAAAAGAAUUGGGAUCUGUGAGGAAAAUGACCCAAAGUACAUUCUAUUUUUUUGCACAUGGAACCGCAGCUGUCAGAGAAGUGGUCGUCGCAAAGGACUUUGGGGUAAGAGACAAUGAGCGGGACCUCGGAUACAGUGCUCGUAGGACGUCGGAAUUGCUUCAACUCGGACGGGGAGUGAACGGUUCCCAGGGAAUUCCGUGACAUUUAUCUGCUUUUUGAGAUUUAUACGCCCCCUCUGGAAAAACAAGAAUGCCCUUCGACUUCUGCGGGUUGGAUCUUCUAGACUCGGCCGAACCGUGUACAGUAACCAAUUUGUAUCUUGCGCUAAAAAUAACCUUGGUUGAGUCUCAUGCGACAUGCUUCGUCACCCAAUUCCUCUGUUCCAUACUUUUGCCCAUGUCUGUGCCUAAUGCUUUGUUAUGUACACCUACUGUAUGUACAUACUCAUUCAAAAUAAAUAUUCAUAGCAAUAUUCAUGGGAUGCAUUAGCCAAGAUUGAUAUAAUCCUAUACUGUAUGUUCAGCAAACAAAACAAAAGCUUUGAAGUUUCCAUGGAUUCAGGAAGGGCUUCUAUGUCCCUGCUCCCCCACGAUUGACUCCGAAAUAGGAAAUAGGAAUAAAUACAUAUUUAUCAAAUGAAAUAUUUUAUUUAUUAAUGAUGUUGGGCAAAAUUCAAUCCUCAACAGCUGUCGGGUGUCCAAUGUAAUAUGUGGACGGUCCCUUGGACGAACAUGAACCACCCUCUUUUUGUCCGACCUCAGUGUCUUUCGAUUCCUUUGAAGUGUACCUUUUUGGCCCGUGUGUCAACUUUUUGCUACAGUGAUAUUUGCAUCGGGUUUUUUUUCUUUUCUUUCCCCUGUAAAAAAAACAAACAAAAAAAAGGACUUUGUUGUCGUAGUUGCUCAUUUUGUUGUUGAAUCAUUAGAUUGUGACAAUUUCCCCCCCCC